CCGGAGCCUCACCUACCCUGCUCUCUGCUUCCCUCUGUCCCUGUCCCUCUCCGUGCUUACAGCUUCCAUGGCCCCCAAAAAGCCAGACCCCAAGAAGGACGACAAGGCAGCCUCCAAGGCAGCUCCCGCUCCCGCUCCGGCGCCUGCACCUGCGCCUGCGCCUGAGCCCCCCAAGGAACCUGAGUUUGAUGGCUCCAAAAUCAAGAUCGAGUUUACACCGGAGCAGAUUGAAGAGUUCAAGGAAGCCUUCACGCUGUUUGACCGCACGCCCAAGUGUGAGAUGAAGAUCACGUACGGGCAGUGCGGGGACGUCCUGCGGGCGCUGGGCCAGAACCCUACACAGGCCGAGGUGCUCCGUGUCCUAGGGAGACCAAAGCAGGAAGAGCUCAACACCAAGAUGAUGGACUUCGACACCUUCCUGCCCAUGCUCCAGCACAUCUCCAAGAACAAGGACACGGGCACCUACGAGGACUUUGUGGAGGGGCUGCGGGUCUUCGACAAGGAGGGCAAUGGCACGGUCAUGGGCGCCGAGCUUCGCCACGUGCUGGCCACGCUAGGUGAGAGGCUGACAGAAGAUGAGGUGGAGAAACUGAUGGCGGGGCAGGAAGACUCCAAUGGCUGCAUCAACUAUGAAGCCUUUGUGAAGCACAUCAUGGCCAGCUGAACCUCUCGUCCCAGGUGAGACCUCCACUCCUUUCCAAACCUGCUGCCACCUUUGCGGCCUCCGCCGACCUCAGCUGUUGUCCCCUCACGCCCCAGCUUCCAGAUCCCGCAUUGCCACCUCCCCAUCUCCACUGACUCCAGCUCUCAGUUGACGCCCCGCUGUCUCGCCCCAUCCCAUCCACUGUAACCCGUGCCCACCUUUACUCUCAGGGAGAGCCCAUGCUGGGGAUGGUUCAUCUCCCACUCAUGGUGCUGACACCAGCCACCUGGAGUUGCGGGGAGGAGGGGAGCGCAUCGAGACCCCUACAGCAGCCCCCUCCACCGGCCCUGCAGACCUCUGGGUGCCUGUCAUCUCCCCCUAUGAGCUGUGCAUCUCUGUCCUCACCCCUUGGGCCUCACGAAUAAAUGGCAUCUUUCCUUCCUU